GGAGAGAAAGAAGCGUUUCCAGGUCAGCUCAAACAUGGAGAGAGGAGCAGGGAGACAAAGAAGAGGUGAAGAAGAGACGGUAGAGGUAGAGGAGACAGGAGCAGCAGGACAGUGGGGGGAAGCGGAGGUGCUGGCUCUUCUGUCAGUGUGGGGGGAGCUGGGAGCAGCUCAGCAUUCAGGCGUGAGCAGCAGAGCCACAUUUGAAUGCAUCUCAGAGCAGCUGAGAGGGCUCAGCGUGCUGCGGGACUGGAGGGAGUGUCAAGCACAGUGCAGGAGGCUGGGACUGCAAGCCAGGAAGGCUGAAUCACCAGGCACAUUCACCAACUACAAUCAGGGGGCAACAGCCAUGAUGGACACCCAAAUGACCCCAAGUGACUUGGUGGAAGAGGAGGAGGAUCUGACCAGUAAGAAAGAGGCCCACUCUUCCUUAGUCACAAUGCAGGAAGGAGGCCCGUGUCAGAUUCUUCAUGGGGCUCCCCCCUACGCCCAAUGCGUGGGCCCGGAGGGGGGCCGCCACUGGACAGAUGAGGAGGUGCGGGCUCUGCUGUGUGUCUGGUCUGACCGCCACGUCCGGCAGCGUCUGAAAGGGACGCUACGCAACAAGGCCAUCUUCCAGGAGAUGGCCCGCCGCAUGCAAAGAGGUUUCGGAGUGGUGCGCAACUGGAAACAAUGUCGCACUAAAUACAAGAACCUCAAGUAUGAGUACAAGAUGGCCAAGAGCGCCCAGGCCGCUGCAGGCAGCAGCGGCACCGGCCCAGGAAGGUACAUGAAAUUCUUUGAUGAGUUGGAGGCCAUAUUGCUGGACAGGGGAUUUGAUGGGAAGGAUGGGGACCAUGAUAUGCAGAGGAGAGGACCAGAUGUUGACCAGGGAGCUGGGAGGCUGGAAACUCUUGGAGGCCAGACACAGUCUACAGCACCUGAAGGAGACCUGGUCAUUGAGAUUGAUGAUGACAAUAGUGACGAUUAUGAGCUGGACACAGACCAAAAUCAAAGGGAAUUAGAGGCCCACAUAUCACCACUGGACCAGUCUAGCUCUGAGCAGUUCCACGUGGUAACAGUGUCCGACACAGGACGGAACUGGAGUGACCAGGAGGUGCGUGCACUGAUCCAGGUGUGGUCUGAAGAGGGCGUGUGCAGGCAGCUGCAGAGCUCCACCAGAAAGAGGGACAUCUUUGUGCAGAUCUCCUGCCGGCUACUGCAGCAGGGGGUGGAGCGCGACUGGAAGCAGUGUCACACCAAAUACAAGAACCUCAAGUACCUGUACCGCUCCUUACAGAGGGGAAGGGCUGACGGCACGGACCCACGCCACCUUAUGAGGUUCUAUGAUGAGGUGGAUGCCAUUUUGACCAGGUCGGAUAGUGGACCUACCAUGAGAUAUGAGGAACAAGCAGAGGCUGGUGCCAUUUUGGCUGGGGCGGCCAUGAUAGGGUACGAGGAUGGCAAAGAUGCCAUUUUCAUGUCGUCAGAUAGAGCAACUGCAAGAAUGGGACAUGAAGAGAGGACUCGUCCAGUUAACUCUUACACAGCUCAAAGCUAUGAGGUUAUCCCCAGGAAUGAGGACAAACGAGCAUACACAGGCAAUGCUGAGAUGGAUAAAAGAGAGGACCUGACAGCAAAAAGAGGGCUGAAGAGGAACGCAUUGGAUCAAGAUACACAUAGACCUGUGAAAAGGCAUGACACUGGGGGCAGCUGUGCUGAGAGUAUUGACUUCCAGUACAAAGAGGAGGAUCAAUACAUUCCUAUUAUAGAGAUCAACUCAGUCUGUUCCAUGGCAGCCUCUGACUCAUUCCGAGAAAAACAGGGUUGCAGAUCGUCUUCCAACAUGGCGUCUCCAUCAGAGCUGAAACUGGGACAGAAACUAAAUGAGGGAAAGACCAAGCAGAUUUUCGAGCUCGCAGAUGAGCCAGGCCAUGUUUUGGUCCAGUCAAAGGACCAAAUCACAGCAGGGAAUGCGGCGAGGAAGGACCAGAUGGAGGGCAAGGCCGCGAUAGCAAACAGAACCACGAGCUGUGUUUUCAAGUUGCUGCAGGAGGCGGGCAUUAAGACAGCUUUUGUGAGGCAGCAGUCGGAGAAGGCGUUCGUGGCGGCCCACUGUGAGAUGAUCCCCAUCGAGUGGGUCUGUCGGAGGGUGGCCACCGGAUCCUUUCUAAAGAGGAACCCAGGGGUCAAGGAGGGCUACAGGUUCUCCCCCCUGAAAAUGGAAAUGUUCUUCAAGGAUGAUGCCAACAAUGACCCUCAAUGGUCAGAGGAGCAGCUGCUGGAAACUAAGUUAUCUCUGGCUGGGCUCACCAUUGGCCGCUGUGAGGUGGACAUCAUGAACCGCAGCACUGUGGCCAUCUUUGAGGUCCUGGAGAGGGCUUGGGCCACCCAGAACUGCACCCUUGUAGACAUGAAGAUUGAGUUUGGUGUGAAUGUGAGCACUAAAGAGAUUGUGCUUGCUGACGUGAUUGACAAUGACUCCUGGAGGCUGUGGCCAGCGGGAGAUCGGAGUCAGCAGAAAGACAAACAGGUGUACCGGGACCUGAAGGAGGUGACUCCUGAAGCUAUGCAGAUGGUGAAGAGGAACUUUGAGUGGGUCUCUGAAAGCGUGAAGCGGCUGCUGGAGCCCCAGGCCAGUGGCCGAGUGGUGGUUCUAAUGGGCUCCAUCUCUGACACGGCCCACUGUGAGAAGAUCAGGAAGGCCUGUGGCUCCUACGGAAUCCCCUGUGACCUCAGAGUCACCUCAGCACACAAAGGACCAGAUGAAACUCUCCGCAUCAAAGCUGAAUAUGAAGGUGACGGAGUACCAACUGUGUUUGUGGCUGUGGCGGGCAGAAGCAACGGCCUUGGUCCAGUGAUGUCAGGAAACACCGUCUACCCAGUCAUCAACUGCCCUCCUAUCACCCCCAACUGGGGGGCACAGGACAUCUGGUCAUCCCUUCGCAUGCCGAGCGGUCUUGGCUGCUCCACCGUCCUCUCCCCAGAAGCUGCGGCCCAGUUUGCUGCUCAGAUCUUCGGGCUCAGUGACCACCUGGUGUGGUCCAAACUGCGAGCCUCCAUGCUCAACACCUGGGUGUCUCUGAAGCAGGCUGACAAGAAGCUGCAGGCCUGCAGCCUGUGAGGAGCCCCUGUACCAUUCCAGACCCUGCCAGGCCUCCAAGAUGGGAACUAUCAUGGGUCCCUGCCUGGCCGUGUGUCAUGUCUAAUGAAAUGUUUACCAUGAUAGUUUACUAACUGUAAAAUCAGCACUAAAACACAUUCCUCUAAUCAUUCCCUUAAGAAGGCAGUUAACCCACUGUUCCUAGGCCGUCAUUGAAAAUAAGAAUUUGUUCUUAACUGACUUGCCUAGUUAAAUAAAGGUAAUAAAGAGAUUAAUAUAAACUGUGGUGUCUGUUUUAAGACUUUUUCUACAUGUACAAUAAUAUAUUAUUUUGAAAAUGUGGUAAUAUGUAGCAACAUUACAUCCUGUUGGACAUAAUACAAUGUUGAUAAAGUAUUAAAACCAUA